AUGGCGUCAACUUUCACACCUCAAGAAAAUUUUCAAGAGAGAGCCAAAGCUCUUUUCGAAUUCGAUGAGGUAGAACCAAAUGUUUUCAAAACUAGCUUAUUAACCACUGGAAGCAGAAAUGCGGUAUCAGCUUAUGGUGGUCUCAUAUUUUCCCAGGCUGUUGCAGCAGCUGAAAAAACUGUAGACGAAAAACUGAAACCUCACGGAUUACAUUCCUUCUUCAUAAAUGCUGUAAACCCUCAAACCCCUCUGCAGUAUUGCGUUCGACGCUUGCGUGAUGGACGUUCGUUUGCAACUCGUUUAGUAGAAGCUGUUCAAGAUGACAAGCUUUGUUUUACACUUCAAGCUUCGUUCCAAGUUAUUGAAGAUGAUACAAUCACUCAUCAAGAUAAAAUGCCGGAAGUACCUCAUUGGUCAUCUUUGAUGACUAUAGCAGAAGCUGUACCAUGGCUGACUGAAAAAGUUGAUUCAGGAGAAAAAGUAGUGCAAGCCGUCAUAGAUAGAAGAUUACGCAAUUAUGAUAAAGCAACGGAUUAUUCUAAGACCUUGUUUGAAGCCAGACCAUGUGAUUUAGGAAAGUAUUUUGCAUAUAGUGAUGAUGUAUCAAGAACCUUCUAUACAUGGUUUAGAAGCAAAGGAGAUUUGACUUCAGACUGCGAAAAGUUACACAGAUAUUUGGUUUGUUAUAACACUGAUACAAUUGCAAGUUGCGUUUAUCAUCCUCAUUACCAGAACAACUUUAUGCCAUCUCUAAUAUUCUCUUUGGAUCAUAAUGUUUGGCUUCAUCAUUUCAAUUUCCGAGCCGAUGAAUGGCUCUUGUUUGAAUGUACUUCACCAGUAGCUCGUGGCAGUCGAGGAAUGUCAUAUGGCCGUUUAUGGACUGAAAACGGAGUUCUAGUCUUAACUUGUGCACAAGAAGUUCUUGUACGAACUCGUGAUCAAUCAUCUCGUUUAUGA